AUGAUUCUAUUUUCUAUUUUUGUAGCUCUUCUUGCCGCUACUAGAGCGCAAUCUCAGACACCUCCUGGGUUUAAGCCCUCUACUGAGCUACACCUCGGCGUGACAUUUCAAGAUGGAGUUUCAGUCCAAGCUGGCCAUGAAUUAUUGGCAAAUGAAGCCAAAUCCGCUCCUCAACUCGAUUUGCACUCGCUCCUAGCUAUUCACCAUACCCAAACACCCUUCUACCAUUCGACUUGGAAAUUCAUGGUUUUCAUGAUCGACAUAGACGUUGAACGUAACGGCACCAAGUAUCCUCUUCUACAUUGGUACCAACCGGACCUCAUCCUCAGCGGUCGAACCGGCAGACUAUCGAUUGAAAGUGAUAGCAACAUGCCAAAGGCAAUGUAUGCUGGUCCAGCGCCUCCACCGGGACCCGCUCAUCGUUAUGUUGAAGUGAUAUUCAAACAACCAGAAAGAUAUGAGCUGCCAGCAGAUUUCGAGAAGUUUUUAGAGAACACGAUUGCGGCGAGGUUGGGGUUUGAUAUCGAGCAAUUUGUGAAAGAAGCCGGGCUGAGUGAACCAGUUGCUGGGAACUGGUUUUUGACAGCAACGAGCUGA